UGAAAGAGUAUUAAUGAAGAUUGAGCUUUUAGGCUCUCAAUUUCCGCCUGGUGGUUUAUUAAUUACCAGGACUACUCGCCGUAAACACUAUCUACUUAACCUUUUCCUUCUUGAAAACCAAGAACUUGAAAGGACUUCUGUGCUCUGGUGCGGUGUACACAGCAACAACGAUACUGGAGCCGCGUGGUGUCUUUGUGCCCUUUCAGUGCAGUGCCGGCAUGUUCGACUUUUCGGCGCUUAACGAUUUCUUGUCCACUUGUAGCCAUGAAGAAACCAACCUCGAAAACAACCACGACACCCUCCGGGAACUCGAACGAUGCAAUAACAGCUUCCCUCGAGCUCGCAAAGGUUUUUGUUGAUGUCGGUGCAAUGGUGCCACUGGUUGGCGGGUUCUUCAGGGGCCUUGGUGGAGUUGCUGUAGGUUUCCUAACGACCUUGGAACUAUAUCAAAAGAACAAGGAGGACGUGGAGGAUCUCGCCAAGGAUAUCAUCGAUAUCUUGAUAAUUGUCCGCGACGCCUGUAUCAAGAUAUCUGCCGUACCUGAGGGUGUCACAUAUAUCGAAGAUCUUCGAAAAGCUUGCUUAGAGUUCCAGGAGUUUCUAUCGAAUCUCACAACUCAGGUGCUCGACAUCGACCGAAGUCGAAGGGGCCCUUGGAAGGGUAUAAGACAGUUUAUAACUUCACGGAACGUCAAAGAGGAAAUCGAUGGUCAUCGCCAAGCCAUGGAAACCGCCAAGUCGAACCUAAUGCUGUCUCUGACAUUGAAAUCUAAUGCAUCGAUUUCCCAAAUAAACCAUGGAAUCUCCUCUCUUCAAACUUCGCAAACUGACCUUAUGACCGUUACACAUGAUAUCCAGCGUGACGUAUCUCACAUAAGAGCAAAUACAAGAAAUCUGCUGGUCAACAACAAGUUCCACAGUCUACGUUACGGCGAUAUUCAGCUUCGGGAAAUAUGGACCAAAAAUAAUUUCAGGGAGCUGUACACUAGAAGGAAGGGUGAGGUCGUCACGUUCGUGGCGGAUGUCUCCACAUCGAACAGAGUCAUGGUCGUGAAGGAGUAUUCUGGAGAUCUGGGACUCGUGGAAUGGAAGAAGCAGUUGGACAUUCAUAGCGUGGCUAAAAGACAUCCAAACUUGCGCCAACUAUACGGUGUUGUUCAGUCCGGAUCUACGCCUUGUUUGGUAUUCCACGGAAAUGCCGACGAAAUGACAUUUACCGAGUUUCCAAAGCUCUUUGACAAGCGUCUCGAGCCUCUCGCAUAUUGUCUACUGGCUUAUAGAUUCCAUAGAGCCCUUAUAUUCUCACUAACGCAUCUUCAAGUACUCUUUGACUUCGAAAGCGUGCGCUGUACCACAGAUGGGCGUCUCUUAUUCGAUGAACAAGUCGAUGACUUACGAAUCAAGCGUCACAUAAACAGCCUCGCUGACAAGUUCCGUCCGCUUUCACCAGAGAUACAGGGGUCGCUCGAUUCCUUUGUACGACGCCUGCAGGCGCCUUUGAUUGUAAAGGAGCAUCUCUUGUCUUACUACGACGUGAUUUUCAUGGGGGGGUCACUUGAUCAGAUUGUUUGUUUCCCCCUUGAUCUUGACACCCUAUUCGGGAAGAUCGUUGUAAGCGAUACCCUGUCAGGUCGUCAUUUCAUGGUAGAUUACCCUGAGGAUGAACCUUUGUCCGUUGGAAUCUCGAUGUCCCAAUAUCCGGAAACUUCGAAUGUUCUCGAACUACCGAAUGGCCUGUGGCGAUAUACAUUGUCGGGAAAUAUCAGAACUAUCAACUUGUUUUGCCUCUUAAAACUGACAACUCCAGCAAAACGCGAACUUUGCUUCCACUGGUUCUCACAGGGCCCACGAAUUUUGGCUCAGAUCGACAUGGGUUCCGACGAUCCCCUCCCGCAGCUGAUCGUUUCUCAAAUUACGACACGGUAUUUUCAAAUUCGUGUAGAAGCAGACCCGAAGGUCAAUCGGCCGCCCACGAGCGAUCUGUACUUAUUCAUUGGCGCGCCUUUUCCUACCGACAAUCAUCAGGUGUAUGUUCCGGAUGUUUACCUUUCAAGCGAUCCGCAUGGUGCCAAACACGGAGAAGAACACGCAUCGGAUAAUGUUUAUACGUAUUCCGUGGAAAAUAUCGCCCAGGACGUGCUGCUACACGGCCCUGUCAGCCUUGACUGCAGCACCCUCCUCCACGAGACCUGUGGUUUUCAUCCUAUGAGCCUCGACAUUGCGAAAUACUUGGAACAAUCGGAGUUGAGCAUAUAUCUGAUCCAAGACGAAGCAAUGAAGAAGGAGAUACAUAAGAGUCUUGCCGGAUGUUCUUCAAGCGUUGUGACCGCAAACUUUGUGCCAAGGGAACAACUCAAAAGAUACACUGACAUGCUCAAGGACCUUGAAUCAAAGUACAAUCAUGAUGCUUCACCGGGGGGUGAUCUAUCACAAUCAGAACUUCGUAUCUACGAGGUCGAAUCAGAUGGAGUUAUUACCCCCGAAGAUACGUCAGAAUCUUCUGCAAUCCGUUCGCCGAUCUCCCGAAUAUUUCUUGGAAUUUUUAUUCUCGGUAGUAUGAUCGCAGUUCUCGUUGACUCGAUGCUUAUCCGAGUCACCGUACUUAUUGGAUUCUAUCUUUAUGCUCGUGGAUAUCGUUUCUAACAUGUACUUAGUAUUGUAUCAGAAUGCGGACUUCCUUGCAAGACGAUCUUCUCACUACAUGAUUUACGUCCCUUGAAUAACUGCACAAGCAGUUAUCUGAGGGGAAAAGAGUAGGACAAUAAAAUGGCGAGUGUGCUGGC